GCAUUGGUGCCUCCUUUCCCAGAGACCCCAUGACCUGGCCUGGGUCAGGCACCCCUUGGCCUCUGCUUCUCCUAGAUCUCCUGGAGCGAGAGCACCACCUGCUCCAUCACGGUGGGUUCCUAUACUGCACAACCAGCUGGAUCAGAUCAUCCAGGAUGCAGCAGAUCAGUUAAUUCAUCCCUUUCCUACAAGAGGCAUCAAAGGAGCACUCAGGAGGGCAGAGAGGGCAGGAGGGUGGAGGUGCCAGGGCUCCUGGGCACCAGAGUGCAUGGAAUCCUGAAAGGUAUAGCUGCAGUGGGGGCCCUGGGUAGCAGAACUGUCUCUGCACCUCCACAACCCCGUGGCACUCAUUACAGGGGCUGUAGCUGGGCGAGAAGUGCAGACAGGUGGGAGGAGAGGUGAUGCUGGGCUCCAUUCCCAACCCCACAUGGCCUGGGCUUAGUGCUUGGUCAGCAUCCACGUUACUGAAGUAUCCUACCAGGGAUCAGGGCAUACUCCCAUGGCACUGGCAAUACCUCUGCCACAUGUGAUUUGGGCUGGACUUUGCCUGAUGGGGCACUGCCCUGGGCACAGUCCUGGCACAGGAUCCAGUACUGCCCCAGGUACAGUCCUGGCACAGGUGCCAGCCAGUUCGGAGGUUGUGCAGCUGCCAGCAGGGAAGACAGCCAGUGCUGUGUGGACCCACUGUCAGCCAUGGGGCUGGAAGAUGAAAUCAGGCAGGAGCUGGGAAUGCUCCAUGGCAUCCCCCUUUACAAGAGCUUCAUCGAGGGCUGGCCACAGGUGAAGGCUUUCCAAGCCCGUCCAGAUGACCUGCUCAUCUCCACCUACCCCAAAUCGGGCACAACAUGGCUGAGCGAGAUCAUGGACAUGAUCUACCAUGAUGGUGACGUGGAGAAGUGCCGGCGGGACGCCAUCUACAACCGCGUGCCCUUCCUGGAGUUGAAGGCCCCCAAGGAAAUGAGUGGCAUUGAGCAGCUGGAGAAAAACCCAUCCCCGCGGCUGGUAAAGACCCAUCUCCCAGUCCAGCUUCUCCCGACCUCCUUUUGGGAGAAGGACUGCAAGAUUAUCUACAUGGCUCGCAACCCCAAGGAUGUUGCCAUCUCCUACUACUACUUCCACCAGAUGGCUAAGAUACACCAAGACCCUGGCACGAAGGCUGAGUUCUUGGAGAACUUCAUGGCUGGCAAAGUGCCCUAUGGAUCCUGGUAUGACCAUGUGCGUGGAUGGUGGGAGAAGAAGAAGGAGAAGAAGAUACUCUACCUCUUCUAUGAGGACAUGAAGAAGGACCCACGGCAGGAGAUACAGAAGAUCUUGCAGUUCCUGGGCAAAGAGUUGGCAGAGGGAACAGUGGAUAGGAUCCUGCACCACACCUCCUUCCAGGAGAUGAAGAAGAAUCCUGCUGCCAACUAUGAGACCAUACUCCCCGCCUUGAUGGAUCACAGCAUCUCCCCCUUCCUCCGGAAAGGGACUGCUGGAGACUGGAAGAACCACUUCACUGUGGCCCAGAACGAGCGCUUCGACCAGCACUACCAGAAGCUCAUGGCAGGCUCUGACCUCCACUUCCAGAUGGAAGUGUGAGGGGCUCAUCUCCCUUCCCAGGAGGACUGUGCUUCCCCUUGCUUUCCCAGUGGGGAGGAUGGAUCCAGAUGGAGA